CCCUCCCAUUUCCUUCCCUUCUCUCAGUACACGAACAUACAUACAUACCUACACAGUUAUAUACAUAAAUCACGCACGCUACCAUCUCUAACACCUUGCAUUCUCUCUUCAAAUGCCUAAAUUCACCAAAUUUCUCUACACAAACAUCUCUAGACCUUUCUCUCUCCUCCCCUUCCUCCUCUCUCUUCUCAUCUCUUUUCUCUCUGACACCUCUCAUGCAGGCUCAUUCACAGUUGCAAACAAUUGCCCCUAUGCAAUAUGGCCAGGCACACUUGCCGGAGCGGGAACGCCUCAACUACCACUCACUGGAUUCCAGUUGGACUCCGGCCAGAGUGUCACCAUUCCGGCCGCUCCGGGUUGGUCGGGUCGAAUUUGGGCUCGAACAGGCUGCGAAUUCGAUGUCUCCGGUAUAGGCCAUUGCCUUACAGGAGAUUGUGGUGGGAAGCUAGAAUGCGAUGGUAUGGGUGCAAUUCCACCUGCUUCUCUCUUCGAGAUCACCCUAGGAACACCCCAGACCCUUGAUUAUUAUGAUGUGAGCCUGGUGGAUGGCUACAAUUUGCCGAUGGUGGUGGUACCGCGCGGGACCUCGGGCUCAUGUAACACAACCGGUUGCGCAGUGGACAUCAAUGUAGGGUGUCCAAAAGAGCUACAAGUAGUGGAUGGCGAUGAAAUUGAGAUGAGAGGUGGGGUGGUGGGAUGUAAAAGCGCCUGCGAAGCCUUUGGUUCGGAUGCAUACUGUUGCAGUGGGGAGUAUGGGAACCCAGAGACAUGCAGGCCAACCAUGUACUCCAAUAUGUUCAAGAGAGCAUGCCCUACAGCUUACUCCUACGCCUAUGAUGAUGGAACCAGCACCUUCACUUGCAUGGCUGCCAAUUACGUCAUUACCUUUUGCCCCACCAACUCAGGAUUGAGGAGGUCUGAUGGCUUGACAUCAAAUCACCAACCAACACCAAAUUACCAAACACCCCCACCACCAUACACAAGCAGCAGCCAACAGGAUCCCCAAGGGUGCACAACAGAGCCACAACAAGCUUCAGAUUUAGAAUCAUUGUCUUCCUCCACCAGCCACCUCCCAUUUGCCAAUUUUUCUCUAUUUCUUCUCCUAAUUUUCUACUUUUAAGCUGGAAAACAGCCAUGCCAUGGAUGCAAAUAUGCAUGGAUACAUGACGUGCACAUGCGUACAUGCAUUUCAAUUCAUCAGGAAGGGGGGGCUUAAUCCUCCGCAGCUACUUUUUAAAUCAUAUAUCUGAAUUUGCUCCACCUUAUGGUGACAAUAAAUACAAAAAAAGAGCAGUUCUAGGAACAAGGACUGCAAAAGCAUUAUGUAUGUAAGCAAGCGUACUAGUGAUUAUGGAAGCAUAACGUUCAACGCAAAAGUAAGCAUCGAUGUAUUAUGCAUUUAUGCUUGCAUGCAAGUAGACAUGAUGUAUAAUGCAUGUAUACGUAUGCAUACAUGACUGCAGUUAAUCAAGAGCAGAAGAGUUGUACAACGUCAAUUAUCCUUUGCGAGAUAUGUCCAUAGCAUGUACGUAUGCAUGCAAGAAUGCUUGGGCUGAUUAUAUACACAUAUUACAAGGCAUAUAUAAUUGAACUUGAAAAUUCUAAGUGGCAAGGUAACCUCCUCAGCAUAUGCAUAUACAUAUUGUUCUACAAAUAUGUGCGUGCUGGAAUGCAAACACAGAGGAAAAAGUUCAUGUGGGGGUGUGUAAGUGUGUUGGGCUCUCUCUCUCUCUCUCUCUCUCUCUCUCUCUCUCACACACACACACGCACACACACACACGAACCCACAGGGUGAAGUGCCCUGUUGGAAUUGUACCAGCGGCCUGAUUUGGUUCUCAUCUGGUUGAAUGGAUUCGAGUUAAAAACUUGUUAAUAUGUGGAUUUGGUUCUCAUCUGGUUGAAUGGAUUCGAGUUAAAAACUUGUUAAUAUGUGGAUUUU